CAUUAGGCAAUCACGGCUACCGCAGUUGAUACUAAACUCUCGUAAGGUGUACUACUGUGGUAUACUUCUAGCAGAAAAAAUAGAUAUUCUGGCUUCUGGCAUCAAAAUAGAUAUACUUCUAGCUGUGAAAGUUGAUAAUGCUGCUUAAAUGUGUCUUGGUUACAAUACUUCUGUGUCUCGCCUUGGAGGCUGAAGCGAGACGUGGUCGAAACAGGCCAAGAACAAAAUCGAAGGUACAAAUUGGGCUUCCUAUAACCGGUAAAUACAGGGACCCGGAGUCUGAUCAGUACUACAAUAACAAUGAUGGCGCCAAAAUUCUACUGGCUUCACACUUUGACCUUGAGUACGUUUUGGGGCACAAAAUCGCCUUUCUGUGCACCGCUAAAGGGACUCCGCGGCCGCACAUCACUUGGUUUAAAGAUGGCAACGAAAUAUUUGCUCACCACUACUUGCAUAUCCACGAAUGGUUUAUCGGCGAUGACCGCGUAAAGUCCAAGAUCGAAAUCGAUCCCGCGACCCAGAUGGACGCCGGGGUGUACGAGUGUACAGCCGACAACAUGUACUCGAUAGACCGGCGCUCUUUCAAAACUGACUUCUCUAUUGCGUUUGAUUGAGUCUAUGGUAUUAAUUAUUUAGAUAUUGUAAUUACAAGUAUAAUUAUUAUGAAUAAAAACUGUUUGUGAUGUUUAAAUAAAUGUUGUUUUGGCACA